AUGAAUUCACAAAAUAGCGUAUCAAGAGUAUAUUCAGAUGUUUUAUCAUUAAAACCACAAACUUAUUGGGAUUAUGAUGAUUUAAAUAUAAAAUGGAAUCCACAAGAAAAUUAUGAAAUUAUUAAAAAAUUAGGUAGAGGAAAAUAUUCUGAAGUAUUUUUAGGAAUUGAUUUAAUAAAAGGUGAAAAAGUUGUUAUAAAAGUUUUAAAACCUGUUAAAAGAAAAAAAAUUAAAAGAGAAAUUUCAAUUUUAAAAAAUUUAGUAAAUGGUCCAAAUAUUGUUGCAUUAUUAGAUGUUGUUAGAGAACCUCAACUGAAAACUCCUGGUUUAAUAUUUGAAAAUGUUAAUAAUAUAGAUUUUAGAACUUUAUAUCCAACUUUUACUGAUUAUGAUAUAAGAUUUUAUAUGUAUGAAUUAUUAAAAGCUUUAGAUUAUUCUCAUUCAAUGGGUAUAAUGCAUAGAGAUGUUAAACCUCAUAAUGUUAUGAUUGAUCAUGAUAAAAAAAUUUUAAGAUUAAUAGAUUGGGGUUUAGCUGAAUAUUAUCAUCCAGGUACUGAAUAUAAUGUAAGAGUUGCUUCACGUUAUUUUAAAGGUCCUGAAUUAUUAGUUGAUUAUAGAUUAUAUGAUUAUUCACUAGACUUAUGGUCAUUUGGUUGUAUGUUGGCUUCAAUGGUUUUUAUGAAGGAACCUUUUUUUCAUGGUAAAUCAAAUACUGAUCAAUUGGUUCAAAUUGUAAGAGUUUUGGGUUCAAAUAAUUUAAAUAAAUAUUUAGAAAAAUAUAAUUUAACAUUGGGUGAUGAAUAUGAAGAUUUAGGUUAUUAUAAUAGAAGACCAUGGGAAAGAUUUAUAAAUGAAAAUAAUCAACAUUUAAUAAGUGAUGAAUUUUUAGAUUUAAUUGAUAAAUUAUUAAAAUAUGAUCAUCAAGAAAGAUUAACUGCAAAAGAAGCUAUGAAUCAUUCUUAUUUUAAUCCAGUUAAAUAA